AUGAGCUGUCGGAACCUGUUCAAUGCCUUCUGUGAGGAGUUCUGGUAUCGUGUUGCCUGCAAACCCCAUAAACCAUUCCUCCUGCAGACUCUAGAAGAUGCCUCUGCUAGGCGCUACUUUCUUUGGUUGGGGGCCCAUAUGGAGGUACCUCCAUCUACUCGGAGAGAAGUACAAUUGGCAGAAACCCCACGUGCCCAAGAUCCUACCACUCAAGAUAAGGGGAUCUAUGGACACAAGGCGCUGGGUACUGUUUUGGUGAUAACCAACAGCAUCAUCCACAGCAAAGCCUACCUUGUCUGCCUCCAGGGAAAGCAACACUGGCAUGGAGAUAAACUCUCUAUCAUGGCCAGCCUGUGGGUUGGCUGA